CAAGCCUUUUCGCUCUCUCCUACUUCAUAGUUCUUCCCCCAUUAGAGAGCGAGAGAUUCCUACCCCUCUUUGGUCCUCUCUGAUCUGGCACUUGCCUUUCUCUUUCUCUUUCUCUUUCUCUUUAGAGAGAGAGAGAGAGAGAGAUUGACCAGAGCGGAAAAGUUUGAAUUUUGAUGGGGCCAUCAGAGUUCUAGAUCUGAGCUUCAGUGGCCUUGUAAUCUUAUUGCAGCUUUUUCUAAAUCCAUCCAAGAUCUGGAGGAGUAAAUGCUGUAGGGGACAGAGAAGAAAAUGGGAAAGAAAGCAAAAUGGUUUGGUGCGGUGAAGAAGGUAUUUAGCCCUGAAUCAAAAGAGAAGAAAUCCAAAGAGAAGAAAGCAGAGAACAACCACAAAACUAACAAAUUGAGUGGCGUUGGCAAAUACAAAGACUCAGAUCCUUCAUCUUCAGAGUCAUAUGAGACCAAUUGUGCUCAGAACUCAGCGCCGCCGCCGCCUCCUCAGGCUCGGGCUGUAGGUGUUAAAUUAGCAGAGGUGGAGACUGAGCAGAGUAGGCAUGCUUACUCUGUGGCAAUGGCUUCUUCAGCUGCUUCAGUGCCUGCUGUUUCCUCUGCUCAGGCCGCCAAAGCCUCUGCAGCAGUGAGGUUUGGCGGUAAAUCGAAAGAGGAGAUUGCUGCAAUCAGGAUCCAGACUGCCUUCAGAGGAUACCUGGCAAGGAGAGCUCUGAGGGCAUUAAGAGGCCUAGUUCGACUGAAGUCACUGAUCCAUGGCAAUGCUUGCAAGCGUCAAGCCACAACCACAUUACGCUGCAUGCAAACACUGGCCAGAGUUCAGUCUCAGAUCCGUUCGAGGAGGAUCAGGAUGUCAGAGGAGAACCAGGCUCUGCAGCGACAGCUUCUGCUGAAACGUGAAAAAGAACUGGAGAGUUUGAGGAUGGGAGGUGAGUGGGAUGAUAGUCUACAAUCCAAGGAACAAAUCGAAGCAAGCCUUCAGAGCAAACAAGAGGCUGCCGUAAGAAGAGAAAGAGCUCUAGCCUAUGCAUUCACCCAUCAGGGGAGAAACUCUUCAAGAUCAGCAAACCCGAUGUUCAUGGAUCCUAACAACCCACAGUGGGGUUGGAGCUGGUUAGAACGCUGGAUGGCAGCGAGGCCAUGGGAGAGCCGAAGCACAACGGACAAGGACCUUAAUAGUGAUCGUGCCUCUGUAAAAAGCUCAGCUCUCAGUGUCAACGGUGGAGAGAUAACAAAAGCCUAUGCUCGCCGUAACUCCCCCUCAACUCCUAAAUCCAAGCCACCAACUUCACUUGUGAAGAUGAACUCUGCAAGCCCUAAAAUGAGCUGGGCCCCACCAGAUGAGGAUACGAGGAGUAUGCUCAGUUUGAAGUCUGAGAAGCCGAGAAGGCACAGUAUUGCGGGUUCAUCUGCCGGGGAUGAUGAGAGCUUUGCAAGCUCUCCUGCUGUGCCUAGUUAUAUGGCACCAACACAGUCAGCUAGGGCUAGGUCUCGUUUUUCGAGCCCAUCGAAUGAUGUGGUCAUCGAAGGACUUGAUAAGGUUUCUGUUGGUUCGGUGAAGAAGAAGCUAUCUUUUCCUACUGGUUCAGGAGUUCCAAGAAGGCACUCUGGGCCUCCUAAGGUUGAUAUGUCAACGAUCAAGGAUGUAGCUGUUCAAUCAGAGAGUAAUGGAGGAAGCAGGUAAAAAAAAAAAGGUGAAAUUGGUCAAAGAGUUUAUUUUGAAAGCAAAUUUAUGUUGUAAUUUAAUUUGUUUGGAGCAAGAUGAUCAUGGAUGAUAGCUUUAGUUCGCAGAGGAUUGGUUUGUUGGUGUGAUUUGUUUCUUCUUUGUUUAAUGUCCUCCGCCAUCCCUUAAAUUUGUAAUUUGGGUACAUAUGAGAAGUGGUUUAUGUUAAAGUGAGAGAUGCGGGUAAUUAUUA